AUGUCCACUUACGAAUAUGUUGGUGACACGGAGAAUAUAUCUCAGCGCCAUUUACAGUUUGUCAGUGAAGUGCUAGAAAAACAUGGUUAUACAGGAAAACAAGUCGCGGUAACAUCUAUGGGUAAAGUUGGCGAUAAUUAUGGUUCAUAUGCGAAGAGGUUUUCAGCGGAGUUCGAAAAUGGCAAAGUGUUUAAAAUGGUUGCUAAAAUAGCACCACCAAAUCACUAUUUAGGCGUUCCAAAGCAACAGAACGACUUAUUUACCAACGAGAUGGUUGUGUACAAUGAAAUAUUACCAAAAUUCAGACAGUUACAGGAGAGCGCUGGCGUGCCGGAAGAAGAUAGAUUGCAAUAUCCUCAUUGCUAUGGCACUCUAUCAGAAACUCAGAACGAGAUAAUACUGCUAGAAGACCUAGACUCAAAAGGCUAUGUUAUGUUGGACAAAAGGCAGCCGCUAAGUGACAGCAGCAUCAAAGCAGUAUUACACAGUUUGGCAAACUUCCACUCAAUGUCAUACGUUCUGAAAAAUAGAGAGCCGCAGACGUAUGAUAGAUUGUCGGCAACGAUGGUGAACGCUUUUACGAACCCCGAAACCGCAUCGCAGAGCCAGAUGAUGUUUCAAGCAGCGUGGAACGACAUGAAGGCGGUGUUUGAUAAUGAAAGACAUACUCACGCCAUCAAUGAUACAUUGCAGCAUUUAGUUGAAGUUGGCAUGCAUAUACAGACCGCCGAUCGAGGCUCUAAAUACAGCGUAAUACAACACGGUGAUUUGUGGACUAACAAUAUCAUGUUCCAAAUGCAGGGAGACCAGCCCGUCGCAUGCAUAAUGAUCGAUUAUCAACUAUCAAAAGAAAGUCUACCAGCUGCCGAUAUCCACAACUUAAUAUUUAACUGCACCGACUACAAGACCAGGUCGAAACAUUAUUACGAAUGGAUUGACUACUAUCACUCGGAAUUGGACAGAUGUUUGAAUAAUUUCGGACUCAAAGUGAGUUACGUAUAUCCAAGGGACAAAUUUGACGCCGACCUGAAGAGGUACGGUAAACCUUACUUGGGCAUGGCCUUUAUGAUGCUCAAUGUGCUACUUAGGCCAACACAGGAGGCACUGCAGAUGUCCGUUUUUGAGAGUUCGGACAUGACGAAAAUGGUUGAGGGUUUCGGUAUGCAGAAUCUGAUGGAGCAGACUCUGGACGAGAUCAAGAAACGCGUGGACGGACUGGUCGACAGCUGUUUCGAGUACGGAUAUCUGACUGAAGUGCCCAAGGCCCGUUUUAAA